AUGGAUUUUUACGAUUUUAUUGACGAGAAUAAUGCAUUUGGAAAUGGAAUUCCAUAUCGUGAAGGAAAACCAAUUAAACUUUUACAAUUUGAGGACGAGUCUGGUCGAUUUAUUCUUAACCAGGACGCAUUGAAUAUAAUAAAUAAAAUUGAAGAACCCAUUUCAAUUAUAGCAGUUGCUGGGGCCUAUCGUUGCGGAAAAUCUUGGAUUGGUAACGUUUUUCAUGGCCGACAUGACGGUUUUGAACUUGGAGCUGAAGUUCAAAGUUGCACGAGAGGAAUCGAUAUGUGGGACAGUCCCUUUAUACAUGAAGGGAAACGAGUCAUUAUAUUGGAUUGUGAAGGUUUCAAUGAACCUAAACAAGAUCAAUUAUAUGAUACCAAACUAUUCGUUUUAUGUUUGAUUAUUUCUUCAAUUUUCGUUUAUAACAUAAAUGCGAUAGUAGGAAAAUCAGAUAUUUCGAAAUUGUUCCUUAUGACCGAUUUAACAAAAUAUGUUCGACCCACAACAGAAUGCCAAUAUUUACCAAGAUUGGUAGUUUUAAUUAGAAAUUUCGGGUUGAAGUCUCCUGAAAAUUUUCGAGAAUAUUUUUUAGAAAAGUUGGAAGAAGUUAAUGUUGAUGCCGCCAAGGGAAUUAAAGAGCAUUUUUCGGAUUGUGAUGUCUAUGGAUUAUCAGUAAAAAGGUUACAAUACAUGGAUAAAGUACCAACUCAAGAUUUAGAUCCGUGUUUUGUAUCUGAAAUUAUCGUUACUGUGAACCAAAUUUAUCAAAAUCUUGAACCAAAAUAUAUUGGUUCGUCUGCCAUGUCUGGAAUAGCAUUUGCUCGAUUUAUAACGGAAUGUGUUAAGAGAUUAAAUGACCCAGAAAAUAAUAUUCAAAUUUCAAUACCUGAUGAAUAUUCUUCAGUAACAAAUUUCGUAGCUAGAAAAACCACUGAAAAAUGUGAAAAAUUAUAUAAACAAACAAUGGAAAAAGAAAUCCAAACAUUACCAAUUCAAUGGGAUGUAAUUAAUUUUUGUCAUUCGAUAGCUUUUCAUGCAUCGGAAGCCGAAUUUUUUAAAUCUAUUAUUGGUUCCGGUCCUCAGAUUCUAGAAUUUUUAAAAGAAUUACAUAUUCGGAUUGAAAAUAUAAAAUCCGAAUUUUAUAAAACUAAUUCUGAAGCAUUAUUACAACAUUAUACCGAGAUAGCCAAUAAUCUCUGGGAAAUGCAUGUUAAAAGCGGUCUUAGAUACCAGAAUCUUUUUUCUGGACAAGACGAGUUUGAAGAAGCCAUUGAAAAAUUUGAAAAAGAAAUGGAUGAAUUGCCUCAAGGACCAGAAGUUAAUAAAGUUUUUGCAAAUUAUAAAUCGAAAGAGUAUAAAGAAGCCAUUGAACUAAUGGAAAUAAUGGGAAAAUUGCAAUCAGAUUUGGCUAAUAAUUUAAAAAGUAAUCAAGAAAAUCAACAAAAACUCUUGGAAACUUUAGCCGAAGAAGAAGUGUUAAAUAGGCAAUACAGCACUAAACAAGAAGAAUAUAGUUAUUCUGAUCAAUAUCUCGCUGCAAAAUUAGUUGAAAUGAAUAAUUUAAUGGAACGACAAAGGAUAGAAAAUCUUGAAGCUUUGGAAAAAUUGAGAGAAGAACAAAUGAUAUCCUUUGAAAGGUUGAAUAGACAAAAAGAUGAAGAAAUCGCGAGAAUUAAAGCAGACUUAAAAAUUAAAAAGAAUGACAAAGAAAUAUGGCUAGAUGCCCUCAAUAAAAUUGUUGAAUUUGGAAUUAAUUUUGGCAUUAAUGUUGGCAUUCCAUAUAUUUUAAAGAAAUUUAUACCUGCACUUUAA